CGUUUGGUUUAUACUUCGACCAUAUGACAGACAGAUGAGAGAGAAAUAAUGGUCGAUCAUAUGAGAAAGUGUUUGAUCCACGGAGGGGUGCUGGCCGUGGCUUUGUUCUCUGUGUGUGUAACAGCUGAUGGUAAAUCGGACAACGAGACAGUAGGACGGUAUCAAUUGGUUUCCUUUGAUUUCCAUCAUGUAGAGAUACCGUAUGUCAUAUGCCUGUGGGUGUUACUAGCCAGCGUGGCUAAAAUAGGUUUUCACAUGUAUCGUAGACUGUCGGCACACAUUCCUGAAAGUUGUAUCCUCAUCAUCCUCGGCAUCAUCACCGGGGCCAUCCUGCACUACAGCCAUGCUGCAUCGACUGAUCAGUACAUCCUCAACGCCAACACGUUCUUCCUCUUCCUCCUUCCACCGAUCAUCUACGAUGCAGGCUACCACAUGCCCAUCCGGUCUUUCUUCAACAACCUGGGCACCAUCCUACUGCUGGCAUUUAUCAAUACCCUGUGGAACACCAUUGCCAUAGGUUUGGCACUGUGGGGGUGUUCAGUUGUUGGAUGGAUUCAACGUCCAAUUAGCCUUCUCCAUUGUUUUGUAUUCAGCGCCCUCAUAUCAGCUGUAGACCCGGUCGCAGUGCUGGCCGUUUUCGAGGAGAUCCAAGUCAACGAAAUGCUCUACAUAAUUGUGUUUGGAGAGUCACUGCUCAAUGAUGGUGUCACUGUGGUUGUGUACCACAUGCUGGAGGGCUUCACGGAGAUGGGUGAGGAGAACAUCCUGGCCGUGGACAUUGCCAGCGCCGUCGGCUCGUUCUUCAUCAUCGCGCUGGGCGGGACGCUGAUCGGCAUCGUGUUCGGUAUGAUCGGUGGCUUCAUCACCAAGUACACGGAGCACGUCAAGGUCAUUGAGCCGAUCUUCGUGUUCGUGCUGGGCUACCUCGCGUACCUUUCCGCAGAAAUGCUGCACUGGUCCGGCAUUCUGGCGCUGUCGUUUGGUGGUAUUUGCAUGCGUCACUACGUGGAAGCGAACGUCUCACGCAAGUCGAAGAACACGGUCAAGUACUUCAUGAAACUACUGGCCAACAUCUGCGAGACGGUCAUCUUCAUGUUCCUCGGUCUGUCGACGGUCAUCGACACGCAUGAUUGGCAGCUCGAUUUCAUCCUCUUCACCGUCAUCUUCUGCAUAGUGUUCCGUGUCAUGGGUGUCGUGACCCUGGCGUUCCUGGUGAACCAGAAGCGACUGGUGCGUCUGACCGGUAUUGACCAGUUCAUCAUGUCGUACGGCGGCCUGCGCGGUGGCAUCGCCUUCUGUCUCGCCCUACUGCUCAACGAGGACAUCGUCCCCGAGAAGAGGAUGUUCGUCUCCACCACCAUCAUCGUCGUCUUCUUCACCGUCUUCCUCCAGGGCAUUACUAUCAAGCCAGUGGUGAAUGCUUUAAAGGUGCAGAGAGCGUCCAAGAGGAAGCCAACAAUGAAUGAAAGGAUCCAUGAGCGGCUCAUAGAUCACUUAAUGGCGGGAAUGGAGGACAUAGUGGGGCGAUCUAGUCACAACUCUAUCCGAGACAAAUUUGAGUAUUACAAUAUCAAGUACCUGCAGCCGUGGCUCCACCGUGAACUUCCGAAGACGCGUGAGAGGAAGAUUUUCGAGGUGUUCACCAAGCUGAACCUGAAGGAUGCCAAAGAUCACAUCGAGACGCACGGAAACUUCAUGAACCCGUCCAUGUUUGUAGUGUCAUCAUCAACCCACCUUGUCGGACAGCAGUCAUCGACAGCUGUCAACGAAAUGAAUAGUACAGAGGACAGCAGUUAUGGACACAAAACGGUGCUGGACAUGCGAUCAGCAGACGCUGUGUUCACCAAGAAGCAGGCUGACGACAGUCGAAUACAUCACAUCCUGGAGGACUCCAUGUUCAAACCUCGCAGAACUUUUGUUCGCGAAAAUCAUCACUCGCUGUCUGAACUAAAGAACCAUCCACCAUUUCACCACCAGAAACGCUUGCAGCUGAGACGGCUUAUCAAUGAGUCUUAUCACAACAAACCACUAUUCCAAGAUGGCCGCCUGCCAAAUGUGAUGGUAGAACCUGAGAAAACCAAAGUUGUCAGUUUCUUUAACGCUGGUUUUGUUGAUGACACUGUUACAAUGACAAAAGAAAAUUCACCUUUUGAACCACCAUCAAUUUCUGCAUCGGACAAAGUUGUCUUUGUGUUAGGAGAUGCCCUGGAUGCUAGUCAGAUAUCAUCACCGCCUGAACCAAAGGAAGAACAAAAGGAAAAGGUGAACGAAACGGAAGCAGAAAAAGUGUUACCAUGGAAACGGUCUUCACCACUUGAUCCAGUGUCUUCACUGAGUUGUUUGACAAUGCCAGACGACGAGCACCCGAUAAUGUCGUCGCGGCCCUCCUGGGCCAGUAACCCGGCCUACCACCACCUGACGGAGACAGGCUCACCCUAUGCCUCCCCACAGAACACAAUAAACGCAGAUCCACCGAAAGACAGUCAUACAUCUGUGUUUGAUGUCUUCCAGAAUGGUGCCGCGAAGACCAAUGACGAUGAUGACAACCAGGACGCCAUUCCCGACCUGCCGACGCCAUGGUCGCAGUGUGACGGGGUGGACGACGAGCCGAUGACGUCGCGUGCCGUCGACAGCAUGGGCGACAAGUCCAACAACUUGCUGCAGUCCAACCACAGCUUCAUUCCACCCGCGCACCAUGUCAUCAUUCCACACGACCACGACGCCAACAUGCACAAGGUUGCGUCGUCUCUGGUGGGGCACGCCGCCUCAACGGAAUCACCAAAACACUGGCAGCCUUUUGAGGUUGAAGGCUACAAAAAGAAACGGCUAGAGACGGAGAUAAUGAUGGAGGAGAUGGCCUACCAGGAGGGAGUGCAGUCGCGGGUAACCGAGUGGCUGCACGACAGUGACAAGAACGAUGACCCUGUCAGGAAGGGUGGGCGUCUUCCGCAAAUACAGCUCACUGACGACGAGAACAUCACAGACGAUGAAGAUUCGGACUUUGACACACAUUUAUAAUGACAGCACACACUAGAAAUGUCUGCUUGCCACAGUAGUGCCUUUUUGUCAAAUUGUACAAUAUGCUUCCUUAACCACAUCUAGCAGUUUGACAAAAUUAUUAAAAUCAAAAAGUAUGUGUAUAUCCUAAUAUGUCUUUAAAAUUGUGCUUUUGUGGAGAUAGAUGAGGGAAUUUUUAAAAAGUUUUAUUUUAAUUAUUACAUGAAAUGUUUUUAAAAGACAUAGUGGAUCCAAUUUGCAUGUUUUGGUUUGAACACAAGUUUGACAUCAAACUGUACUAAGAUGUUAAGAUGUAUUUAGCUGAAGGUACCUUUAGCUGUGUGUCUCCCUGAUCCAUUUUGAUCCAUUUAUUGAAGUGAUGCAAUAAAUUCCCCGUGAAUUAG